AUGUCAUCUAGAAAUCUGGAGAUGAGAAGAGAGCUUCCCUUUGAAUUAGUGGUGGAAAUACUCGCUAGAAUUCCUGUUAAGGACUUAGUGCGGUUUAGAUGUGUCUGCAAAAGUUGGCGGUCGUUGAUGCAAGAUGAAAGGUUUUAUAGAAAGCACAUGACUCAUGCCCGAACGAGGAUUGUGGCGUUGCGUGAUUUGGAUACUCGUAUUCCUAUAUGCCACUUUUCUUAUGAACGUGGCAAGCUAGAGGCGAUACUAGAAGCGCUUGACUUGAACAUUGGAGAUACAAGCUUACUUCUAAAUUCUUUUGUGAUUGGUCACUGCCAUGGACUCUUUUGCUUAGAUCUUCGAGAUAAUACUUUUGGUGUUUGGAACCCGGCAUUGAGAGAGUUCAGAAGAAUACAAACAAGGCAUCUUAACUGGGCUGAGGUGGGUUUUGGCUAUGACCACUCAACUCAAGAUUACAAGAUCGUCGUGUUGGUUCCGGAUUUGGAAGGCGGCUGCUCUAGAGCACAAAUAUUAUCCUCAAAGUCGGGUACGUCUUGUAAUCUUGAGUUGAGUGGUCAUAGCCAAAACCCACCUCAGCCCAGUUAA